CGUGGGAAAGUGAAGUUGCGGGAGCCAAACCUGCAGGGCGGCGAGAAUGGAGAUGGAACAACUGCUAAGCAUGGGGUUCCCAAGCGAACUGGCGGCAAAAGCCCUGACUGCCACCGGCGGUAAUUCCACCCUCGAAGCGGCCGACUGGAUUCUCUCCCGCCCCAAAUCACCAUCCACAUCAUCUGACAUUCAUGCCACCACCACCACCACCGACGGCGACUCAUUCCCUUUCCAGCCAAAACUUGAUCGAUUCUUCCUCCCGCAAUCGAAACCCUCGAUUUCCAGUUCAUUUGCUGCUGAUAAUCAAGACGCUGAUGCUACACCAUCCUAUAAACGUCCCAAGUUGGAGCCAAUAGAUAACAAAAGCUCUGGACCCUUGUCGGAGCGAAUGCGCCCUGUGACCAUCUACGACGUCGUUGGACAGGAUCACCUUCUCUCCCCCAAUUCUCUUCUCCGCUCUGCAAUUGAUUGCAACCGCUUCCCUUCCCUAGUCUUCUGGGGUCCCCCUGGCACAGGUAAGACCUCUAUCGCAAGAUCUAUUCUCCAUUCCUCUAAACACCCGUUUCUCUAUCGAUUCGUUUCCUUGUCUGCGAUUACUUCCGGCGUCAAGGAUGUUAGAGAUGCUGUGGAAGAUGCUAGAAAAUUAAGACUUAAAACCAACAAGGUCACCGUGUUGUUCGUCGAUGAGGUUCAUCGCUUUAGCAAAUCGCAGCAAGAUUCUUUCUUGCCAGUAAUUGACGAUUGCAGCAUUAUAUUCAUGGGUGCCACCACGGAGAACCCUUCGUUCCAUUUGAUAACUCCCUUGUUAUCUAGGUGUCGUGUUCUCGUGCUUAAUCCUUUGAAACCCCAUCACGUUGAGUCUCUAUUGAAGCGUGCUAUUAACGACUUGGACAAGGGAUUGAUAAAGAGUGUAGGGAUGAGGGUUGAUGUCAAUGAAGAUGCCAUUCAAUUUUUGGCUGCCAACUGUGAUGGCGAUGCACGAAUUGCAUUGAAUGCAUUGGAAGUUUCUGCUACCACAGCAGCGUCCAGAGUACUUGGCAAUCAUGGUAGUUUGAAUUUGGAGAAUGAGGGAAAUGGGUCUGCUUCACUAGUGGCAACUGCUACUCUGGAUGAUGCCAAGGAGGCCCUUCAGUGUAAGCAUCUAUCCUAUGACAAAGCUGGAGAAGAACAUUACAAUUUGAUCAGUGCUCUUCACAAGUCUAUGAGAGGAAGUGAUGCUGAUGCAGCUAUAUAUUGGCUGGUUAGAAUGUUAGAAGGUGGCGAGCAGCCUCUUUACAUAGCGAGGCGACUGAUAAGAUUUGCUAGUGAGGAUGUUGGCCUGGCUGACCCUUUAGCUCUGAACCAGGCUGUUGCUUGUUUCCAAGCUUGCCAUUUCUUGGGCAUGCCUGAAUGCAACGUGAUUCUUGCUCAAUGUGUGGCCUAUUUGGCUUUGGCUCCUAAAUCUGUCUCUGUGUAUCGAGCCAUUGAAGCUGCACAGAAGGUGGUCAGGGAAUCUGUUGGACAGAAUGAAGGGGUACCGCUCCAUCUGAGAAAUGCUUCAACCAAGCUAAUGCAGGAUCUUGGAUAUGGGAAAGGCUAUAUUUACCCACCUGAUAAUCCUUCAUCGCAGAGCUAUCUGCCACCCUCACUUCAAGGGUAUAAAUUCCUCGAUUGGCCAUGUUUUAAUCCUCACCACCAUCAAGAAGCUAGUUAGUUACCCUUGGAAAUUUUUGGUAAAAAUCCGCUAGUUAACACCUUAUAAACCCAGGCCUUUUUUGUUACAUGCUAUUUUGUAAUUGGUUAUCGGAAGAAAGCUUCUUUGUUUUUUUUUUUUUCCAAAGAAGGAAAUAGAUUUAGCAACUUGGUA